AUGAAAGAAAAUUUACUAGAGACUGACGCUCUAGCGGAAUAUAAAAAAGCCCAUAAAAAAAACUACGAGAAAAGACUCGUAAGGGAAAAGGAGCUCCUGGAAAAGGAAGAGGCGGAGGAAAUAGCUAGCGAAAGGAGCAAAAAGGAACAAGCUUAUAAGCAACUGCAAAUUGAAAAGGACAGGGAAUACUCCAUACAAUAUUACCAUGAACUAAAUAAUCUUCAUCGAGCAAACACUGUUAGCACCGAUGAUGGUUCUCCUAUGCUCAGCAACUACACAGAGAGGUUAAUAGCUUCUUCUCAUUACACAUACAUGUCGGAUGGCGCAGUACGUGGCAUCUUGGACGAUGGUUCAAGGGUGUCCUUUACUCGGAGGAUACGAGAUUUCUUCUCCAACAGUGACACGAGACAGUACUUUGGAUGCAGUAGAAUUCAAAUUGUUUGCAACGUCAUUUUCUUCAUUAUGGUCAUUACGCUUAUUGUUAUUUUCUCCUUCUUAUGA